AUGGAAGAAACAAGGCGUCUACUUCAAUGGAAUAGGGAUGAACCUACUGUACCUAUUGUACAACUUGAACUGAACAUUGAACAGUCAGAGGAAGGAGACUUUAGUAAGACUAUCACUCAAGUUGAGCCACGUAUGGUUAGAAGGAACCAACCCAAUGGAGGAAAUAAUGGACGUGUAUGUAAGUACAAGGAUUUCAUGGCAUCCAAGCCACCAAGCCUUCCUGGAAGCCCAACACCAAUGGAAGUCAUGGAUUGGAUCUCCGAGAUGGAGAUGAUGUUUGAAAUUUGUGAUUGCAGCAACAAACAGAAGACUGCUCUCAUGGUUACACUGUUGAAGACUGGGGGAAGAAUGAGCGUCAGAGAGUAUGUUGCAAGUUUUGUGGAGAAAAGGAAGCUUGUUUCUUAUUUGGUUCCAACUGAACUCUCCAUGGUCAAAAAGUUUGCCAAUGGAUUACUAAUAGAAUUUUGUCUAAUGGUCAAACAUGGAACCACCCUGAAAGCUGUCAUCUGGGCAGCUAAGAAUGUUGAGACCCAGUUAAGGGAAAAGGGUCUAGAGAGAAUUGAGGUAGGAGAGAAGAGGAAGUUUGAUGGAUCUUCAAGACUCGACAAUAAAAAUAGGUUCCCAAAGUAUGACCCCAACAACAAGAGGUAUAGGGAUAGCAAUGAAGAAAAGUUGUGUGAGAAGUGCAAAAAGAAGUACUAUGGGAGAUGCUACGGAGAAGUGACUUGUUAUAAGUGUGGGAGGAUCGGUCACUAUUCCAAGGAUUGUGCGUUUAAUGAUAAGUUAUGCUACGGAUGUGAAGACAAGAGGCAUAUGUCAAAAGAUUUCCCGAAGCAAAAUGAAGCAACAUGA